AUGUCGAAAAAUAAAUUAAAUUUAACACUACCUCCAGGAGCCGUUGAUGCUACUGUGGCUGCUUCACAGGUUGUGCCCACACCGCCAUUCAAAACACCAUCAGGAACAGAAAAACAUAGUUUACUGGGGAAGCCGAAGACGAGCAUAGAGGCGCUAACGGAGACCCUGGAGGAAUUGGAAAUGGAUGAUUCAGCACGGAAUCGUAUUAAAGUAUUUCUAAGUCAAAAGGAAAAAAUUGGCGAGCUAUCUGACGAAGAUCUCGAGAAGCUCGGUGAGCUUGGUUCCGGUAAUGGUGGUGUUGUGAUGAAAGUACGACAUAUACCAACAGAGCUAAUAAUGGCACGGAAACUAAUACAUCUCGAAGUGAAGCCUGCGAUUAAAAAGCAAAUUAUACGGGAAUUGAAAGUCUUACACGAAUGUAACUUUCCGCACAUUGUGGGUUUUUAUGGCGCCUUCUACAGCGAUGGUGAGAUCAGUAUUUGCAUGGAGUAUAUGGAUGGUGGCUCGUUGGAUUUGAUAUUAAAACGUGCUGGACGUAUACCGGAAUCAAUAUUGGGUAAAAUAACAUUAGCUGUGCUAAAGGGACUCAGCUAUUUACGUGAUAAACAUGCCAUUAUGCAUAGAGAUGUCAAGCCCAGUAAUAUAUUGGUCAACAGUAGUGGAGAGAUUAAAAUUUGUGAUUUUGGCGUAUCAGGGCAGUUAAUUGAUUCGAUGGCCAAUUCGUUUGUAGGCACGCGCAGCUAUAUGUCGCCCGAACGAUUACAGGGUACGCACUACUCAGUGCAAUCAGAUAUUUGGUCACUCGGCUUAUCAUUGGUUGAGAUGGCAAUUGGUAUGUAUCCAAUACCGCCGCCUGAUGCCAGCACACUAGAAGCGAUAUUCAAUGACAACCCUGAGGAUGGCCAACAGACUGUAGUAGAACCCAAAGUGAUGGCUAUUUUCGAACUGCUCGACUAUAUCGUCAAUGAACCACCGCCCAGAUUAGAGCACAAAACAUUCACCGAUGAGUUUAAAGACUUUGUAGACAUAUGUCUAAAGAAGAAUCCCGAUGAACGCGCGGACUUAAAGACAUUGCUGAAUCACGCAUGGAUACGCAAAGCUGAAGUUGAGGAGGUAGAUAUUGCUGGUUGGGUGUGCAAAACAAUGGAUCUACCACCAUCGACACCAAAACGCAAUACAUCUCCGCAACAAUAAAUAAAGGCUAACAAAGUGUUUUUGAUAAUUAUAAAUAAUUAAUGUGCAUUUGCUUUAAUUUUAUUUAUAAAAAUAUCCUACCUAAUAAAUGUACUCAUUAACGUAAAUGCAUGCGAAAAAAAACGAAAAUUUUCUUAUAUCCCA